AUGUCCGAUGCUUCGGACACUAGUACCCAGUUUGUCGAGAAGAAGCAGGGUAGAGGAUGGCGCUUCUGGGCAAUUUACUUAUCACUAUGCGUGUCAAUCCUACUAGCUGCCGUUGAGUCAACGGUCACGUCGACCGCGUUGCCGUUCAUCGCGGAUGAGUUGCAUGCAGGCAAGAACUACGUCUGGUUUGUCAACUCAUUUUUCUUGACGAGUGCUUGCUUUCAGCCCCUUUUCGGACAGACUGCGAAUUUCUUUGGUCGACGAUGGUUGAUGAUCGGCUCGGUAGCCUUGUUCGUCCUCGGCAGCGGCAUCAGCGGCGGCGCGAUUAAUCCCCCCAUGAUGAUUGCUGGGCGAUCAAUCCAAGGAAUUGGGGGUGGCGGUAUCAAUGUAAUGAUCGAUAUGAUCGUUAGCGAUAUGCUUCCAUUACGCGAGCGAGGAAACUUCAUGGGUAUGAUCUUCGCCGUGUUCGCCGUGGGCACCUCCCUUGGUCCAUUUAUCGGGGGUGUUAUUGUACAGCAUAGUUCCUGGAGAUGGGUUUUCUAUAUCAACCUUCCUAUUGGCGGAACGGCGAUCAUCUUCCUGUUUUUCUUUCUCCGUGUCAACUACCAAAAAGAGCCAUGGCAAGAAAAAGUCAAGCGCAUCGACUAUAUUGGCAACGCACUUCUCAUGACUUCUAUCGUCUCUAUCCUUCUCGCUCUCACCUGGGGCGGUACUACCUACGCCUGGUCAAACUGGCGGAUCAUCGUCUGUUUGGUUCUCGGUCUCAUUGGUAUGACUCUAUUCCACGCGUUUGAGGCCAGUCCAUGGUGUCGGGAACCUAUGAUGCCACCACACAUCUUUCGACACCGUACUUCAUUCGUUGCCUUGGUCGUAUCCUUUAUCCAUAAUAUGCUUACCUUCUGGGUGAUCUAUUUUGUACCGGUAUACUUCCAGGCUGUGAAGCUUUCUACCUCUACUCGCGCCGGUGUACAGUUUCUACCUAGUGUGAUUCUCGCCGUGCCGACUGCCAUUGUCGCAGGUGGCCUCCUUACUAAAUGGGGCCGCUAUAAGCCUAUCCAUAUCGUCGCUACGGCUGUGACUCUCCUAGGAUUAGGUCUCUUUACUCUCUUCGAUGCCGACUCUAGUCCAGCAGAGUGGAUCAUUUUCCAAAUCAUCACUGCAAUUGGCUUGGGUCUUCUGCUCACAACCACUCUAGCUGCAGUGCAGGCUCCCCUAGAAGAGAAGGAUGUUGGACUCGCGACGGCGACAUGGGCGUUUAUUCGCAGUUACGGUGCUAUCUGGGGAAUAGCAAUUCCAGCUGCUAUUUUCAACACUGAGUUCGCGCGCUUGUCGGGCCGUAUUUCAGACCCCGCUGUUUCGGCGCAACUUGCCGGUGGAGAAGCCUACUCUCACGUCUCUUCAACUUUUAUUAGGUCACUUUCUCCUCAAGUUCAACGGGAGGUAGUCAGUGUGUACACUGAUACCCUGAAGCUGGUUUGGUAUGUCUCGCUGGCUUUUGCUGCUCUGGGAUUCAUUAUUACCUUCUUUGAGAAGGAGAUGACACUACGGACCGAAUUGGAGACGGAGUAUGGAAUCAAGGAUGAGAAGGAAGGCAAGGAAAAGGAAACCGUCGCUGAGGUAUAG